GUCCCGUUCAGCAUCGCAGGAGGAGGAGAAGCUUACAGCAGCCAGUGCCAAGGUACAGGGAAUAGAAUGGGCCUAGACUCCAAACAAUUGGCGCUAUUGGUGUUGCUGGUGGCCUCAGUAAUAACAGUGGUAAUUGCACUAAUUCUGAGUUUGGUGAAGAGCAGCAAAGUCCUACUUCCUCCAGGAACAAAGUAUGGGAUGGUAUUCGACGCCGGCUCCUCGCACACCUCGCUUUUUAUUUAUCAAUGGCCCACGGAUAAGGAGAACAACACGGGCGUGGUAAGCCAGACACACACAUGCGAUGUAGAGGGCCCCGGAAUAUCCAGCUAUGCCAAUGACCCCCCUUCUGCAGGCAAGUCCCUAGUGGCCUGUUUAAAAGAAGCGAUGGCUGUUAUCCCCCCGGAAAGACAGCGAGGAACCCCUGCUUAUCUUGGAGCCACAGCUGGGAUGAGACUUCUUGAGCUUGAAAAUAAAACCGCAUCAGACUUGGUGCUAUCCGAAGUCUCAAAGACCAUCAGCAGUUACCCUGUUGAUUUCCGGGGAGCUCUAAUUAUCAGCGGAAAGGAGGAAGGGUCCUAUGGUUGGAUAACCAUCAAUUACCUCUUGGAGUCCUUUAUGAAGUAUUCCUUCAGUGGUCGUUGGGUUCACCCAAUAUCCUCUAAGAUUUACGGUGCUCUGGACCUCGGUGGAGCUUCCACACAAAUCAGCUUCAUUCCAAAGGUGGAAAUCGCAGACCCAGGGCAGAGGGCUGACUUUAAGCUUUAUGGCUUCCCCUACAGUAUCUACACACACAGCUUCCUGUGUUAUGGACAGAACCAGGCCCUGAAACAGAUGUUGGUCAAAGCGGUGGAGGGAAAAGACUUAAGUCAGCCUGUGAGUGUCCCCUGCUACCCGGCAGGAUACCAAGUCACCAUCCCACAAGCUUCUCUCUAUAACAGCCCAUGUACCAAUAAGUCUGCCCCAUCUCCUCUAGGGCAAGAUAUCACCAUCACCGGUACUGGGAAUGCCGUACAGUGCCAAGACCUGAUCAAAACCAUCUAUAACUUCAGCAGCUGUACCGGGAAGGAAUUCUGUUCUUUCCAGGGAGUUUAUCAGCCUCCUGUUGUUGGGAAUUUUUUUGCAUUUUCGGCUUUCUUUUAUACAUUUGAUUUUUUAAACUUAACAUCUGGACAGGAUUUGCCAACAGUGAGGAGAACAAUCCAGACAUACUGUGCACGGGACUGGACUGAGCUUCAGGCAACUUUCCCAAAGGCGAAGACGGAUCGUUUGAGGGAUUACUGCGCCAAUGCAAACUACAUCCUCACUCUACUGCAGGACGCUUACAAGUUCAAUGAAAGCAACUGGAAUUCCAUCAGCUUCAUGAAACAGGCUGCAAACACGGACAUUGGCUGGACACUGGGGUACAUGCUGAACCUGACUAAUAUGAUCCCUUCUGAAGCUCCAGCUAGCUUGAGUAAUCAGAGUUAUGAUGUAUGGAUCGCCACCGUCUUCUUUAUAGUCCUUGCAUUGGCGCUUGGGCUACUCAUGCUGUUCUUUUAUUUCCAAUAA